CUGCAGGGCAGGACCAGAUGAAACUUCCAGAGGACGGGGCAGUGAGCCACGUUUUUAACCACCGCGUAGACAGAUGAAGUAACCACAUUUCUAAUAAAGGCUCUUCGGUGUUUUGUUUUGUUUUUUAAUUCGACUUUAAAUGGCCGAAGCCCGGCGUGAAGAGGAGGGAGAGAUGGGGCGCAGAGAUCCGCGGGAUGUCGGGAACAGGAGCCAAACAGCAGAUCAUCCUGAAAGAACCAAGCCAGAUCAUUUAAAUUCUUGCCAAGGACCGCUGUCUUCUAUACGAGCUGCUAUCAAACGAACAAGAACAAACUCCCAGAGUGAUCACACCAGAGAAAGAAGGCGACCAGAGAUCACCAUCGUCUCAGCAGAACCUCUGGCCAGUAACAGCUGGUUCUCAGGACCCUCUGUGGUUUUCCCUCCUCCCCUUCCUCCUCAGAAAGGCUGGUCAACAGGCAUACAGGCUGUUUCCCAGCCCCCACCAUCCUAUGACCAGGUGAUUCAAGAGAAGACCCAGGAAGAGCAUAUUGUCAAGCCCACUGCAGCCCCCCGCCGGACCACCUGCACCGCCACAAGUGCCACGCAGACUGACCCUGUGAGGGAAGACGCCUCCACCGUUGCCCCGCAGUCAGUGCAGAAAAGACCAGCUGGUAAAAGGCCACAAAAACCACCAAGGCCAGCGCUUCUGAAACCAGUGAAAAGAGAACCUGCCACUGAACCCACCGAUGAGGAGGUUGCAACAAAUACUGCACCACCCACAAGCUCUGAGGAGCAAAGUGACCCCAAGUCGGAAGUAAAGCAAACCAAUCAAGCAGAUUUCUCUCAUACAUGCACCAGAUCUGUCACUGUACACUGGGAUAUUCCUACAGCAAACCUUUCUACCACUGCUGCUGAAACUACUACCUCUACUUCAGAUUCAGAACACAAUCAACGGCCCGUUCCUCUUCCUCGUACAAAAGCCCGAAAGCAGGCAGUUACAGAAGAGGUCAAAAUUCAGACUUUGGUCAGGCUCAGUGAAAAUUGUGACAACAGUCACUCUGAUCCAGAAGAGGUUUCAUCGAGUAAGUAUUUAAAGGAGUUAUUGGAGAUAUUUAAUGCAGAUAACAAGCGUGAGAACAACAGCGACACUGUAGAACAAACAGACGAGACCUUACAAGGUGAAAAUGCUGGUGGCGAGAUGAGCGCUAGCCACAGUCAACGCAACAUCCGGGCCAGGAUCCAGGCCUUUGAGAGUCAGGCUGAGGCAACUGAACCAGUCAAACCCGAACCUCGACCUAGGAAGGCCAUCAACAAACCCCCAGUUGCUGCUAAACCUUCUGCAGCUCUUAAACCUCAGUUUAGCCACAGUAUAGACGAUGACUUCCAGGGUGUCUCAUCUACAAACCUUAUAUCAGCCACCAGACCUCAGCCUCCUAAGAAACCUGUGGGACUGUCCAUAAAAGACGAACUAGAAGCUUUAAACAACAGGGCAGUCAUCCCAAACAGAUCACGUCCUUCUGUGCUGACCAGAGCUAACAGCAUCUAUGAAGAGGAACCUCCACCAGUUCCACCAACACCUCCGGUGAAGCCUUUUAAGGAACCCCUGAAACUGAACCUUAAUAUAAACAACCACAACUCAGCGUCCAUGUUCAAAGAGAAUGAGUAUGUGGACAAUCCAUCAAAUCACAUCCCAGUCAAACCUCUGCACAAUGCAGACAGCAAUGGAGGCUCUUUCACCAGACAAAGUGUAUCACGGAGACCAACCACCAUCAGGGUCCCCAGCAGAACUGGUUCAUUGUCAGAUCAUUUUCAGGACGGCCCCCCUCCUCUUCCGCCUCAGAAGCCCGUAGGCAACCUAAGCACCUCAACCAACCACAGACAAAGCCUGAUACCCAUCCUCCCCCAUCAGGAUUCUUUCCAGUCUGGGCCAGAGUUAUCACUGCCACCUCGGAGGCUGAGUACAAGCAAAACCCUUCCACCUCGCCCACCUCCAGCCAAAACAGGCCCAGGAAGACCUCCCCCACCCAACCUUCAGUCCACAGGUCGAUCCCAGUCAGCACCACAGGAAGCUACACCGAAGCCCCAGGCACAAAAGCCCCACAGGAAAGGACCUGUCUUACCUCCAAGGCCCAACCCAGGCCACCGUCUCUACAACAAAUACACUCUUCAGCUUUCUCAUGGGAUUGCUGCCGUGGACUACAAUGGGGCUAAUACAGGAGAACUGACAUUUCAGAAUGAAGUGCUUCUGCUGCUGGAGGAGAUUGACCGCAAUACAUUUGAGUGCCAAGUUGGAGAUUCGAGAGGCAGAGUCCGCAAGUCUCACAUUAAGGUCAUAACUCCUCUCGACUCCGUCUCAAACGCGUCCCCACCACAGGGUGCCAGUCCGACUGGUUCAAGUUUAGCUGGUUAUGGGCUGAAGGUGCAGGCCUUACACGACUUCAUUCCAGUGGGUCCAGGAGAACUCGGUCUGAGAGCUGGAGAUGUUGUGACCAUGGUGGAGCAGGUGGAUAGUGAGUGGUACAAGGGCACCUGUCGGGGAGCUACUGGUUUCUUUCCCAUCAAUUAUGUCAAAGUCCUGUCAAAUUCACCAAAACCCCUCCCUGAACGGAAAGUGAAGCCGCCACCUGCUACAGUCAGUGGUCCAAGAUGCGUGGCGAGAUUCGACUUCGAGGGGGAGCACAGUGAUGAGCUGACGUUCUCUGAGGGGGAUGUGAUCCAGCUGAAGGCGUACGUUGGACAGGACUGGGCUCGAGGACAGAUUGGCAUCUCUACUGGUAUCUUCCCUCUUAACUUUGUGGAGGUCAUUGAAGAUCUGCCUCCACCUCUGAUUCAACAGCAGACACAGGUCAACAAGAUAGCAUUGCCUGGCAUGGUUACUUCUCCAAGUACACACCCUGAGGUUGCCAAACCUUCUCAGGCAUCUCAGUCUGGCGUGGAGUGGGUGGUGGCUCUGUAUGACUUUGCUGGCAAUUCGGAGGGCGACCUGUCCUUUCAACAGGGCGACUGCAUCCUGAUCAGCCAGCACAUUAAUGCUGAGUGGAGCCGCGGCAGGCUCGGCGGCAGAGAGGGCAUAUUCCCCAUUGCUUUUGUUGAGAGCUGCACAGCAGGCCAGCAGUCAUCUGUUGACCAGCAGAAGAUAGCUGCUGUUGGGGGCAGAGCCAGGGCCAUGUAUGAGUUCACAUCAGACUGUGAUGAGGAGCUCUCUCUGCAGGUUGGAGAUAUUAUAACCGGUCUGGAGUCUGUUGAUGAAGAAUGGUACCUGGGGGAUUUGAGAGGAAAGCGGGCCCUGGUACCUAAAAACUAUGUGCAAGUACUAACCUAAAACCAUGUUGCCUUCACUACAAGAAGACACUGCUGGACGCUCCUGGGCCUGAGAUGAGAUCUGAGCGACCCGAGGUUUUCACCAGUAAAAGUCUAAAGAGAACUCUUAAACUGGAACACAGUAUUUCAACUUUUUUUUUCUUUUUACCUGCUGCAUUAACUUAAAAUUAAAUGUUUAUUGAAUAAUUUCUUGUGGUUAUUAAUAAAUAUCAGAGUAAAGCCGGC